UUUAAUUUAAACUGUGUUUCGGUGCUGCGAUCUCAUUUCACUCCUGAAUUUCUAGCUUCCAUCUCCUCCGAUUUCCCUCUUCCAUCGAAGUUGACCUUUCAUUCCACUUGUUGGAAUCCCCAGACUCAGCCUUUGCAGGUCUAGUAACUUUCGAGGUUGCUGGGUACAGAAGGAAACGAUGGCUGCUUCAGAGGAGAAUAGUGCAUUGUUCCCGAUAUUCAUAUUGACAAUAAUGGCAAUUCCUAUAGUGCCAUAUACAAUAACGAAGUUGUGUCGUGCUGCCACUAAAAAGUCAAAGAGCUUGCACUGUCAGUGCUCUGAAUGCUCGCGAUCAGGGAAGUAUCGUAAAUCGAUAUUCAAGAGGAUUUCAAAUGUCUCAACAUGCAGUAACUUGACAUUAUUGCUGCUUUGGGUGGUUAUGAUUAUUCUGGUUUAUUACAUAAAGACUAUGAGUCGUGAGAUUGAAGUUUUCGAUCCAUUUAGUAUCCUUGGAUUAGAGCCUGGAGCGCCAGAGUCAGAAGUAAAGAAAAAAUAUAGGAGACUUUCUAUUCAAUUCCAUCCAGAUAAAAAUCCAGAUCCAGAGGCACACAAGUAUUUUGUUGAGUACAUUGCCAAGGCUUAUCAAGCUCUGACAGAUCCAAUAGCUCGUGAAAAUUAUGAAAAAUAUGGCCAUCCUGAUGGCAGGCAGGGAUUUCAAAUGGGUAUAGCUCUCCCCCAAUUCCUGCUAAAUAUUGAUGGGGCAUCUGGUGGAAUACUUCUUCUUUGGAUUGUUGGUGUGUGUAUUCUCUUGCCAUUGGUAGUUGCUGUUGUUUAUCUCUCCAGAUCAUCAAAGUAUACUGGCAACUAUGUGAUGCAUCAAACACUUUCCACUUACUAUUACCUCAUGAAGCCUUCUUUGGCCCCCAGCAAAGUCAUGGAUGUCUUCAUAAAGGCUGCUGAAUAUAUGGAAAUUCCAGUUCGUAGAACUGAUGAUGAACCCCUUCAGAAGCUUUUUAUGUUGGUAAGGAGUGAGUUGAAUCUUGACCUCAAGAACAUUAAGCAAGAGCAGGCAAAGUUUUGGAAGCAGCAUCCUGCACUGGUUAAGACAGAGCUGUUAGUUCAAGCACAAUUGACCCGUGAAUUUGCAGCAUUGUCUCCAUCUUUACAAAGUGAUUUCAGACGAAUUUUAGAAACAGCUCCUCGCCUUCUCGAAGAAUUAAUGAAGAUGGCAGUUAUACCACGCAAUGCUCAGGGGCAUGGGUGGCUGAGGCCUGCAAUUGGUGUUGUUGAGCUUUCUCAAUGCAUCAUCCAGGCUGUUCCUCUCAGUGCUAGAAAGACUACUGGUGGAUCUCCUGAAGGCAUUGCACCAUUUUUGCAGUUGCCGCAUAUUAGUGAGACUGUUAUUAAGAAGGUGGCUCGCAAGAAGGUGAGAACGUUUCAGGAACUUCAUGACAUGGACUCUCAGGAGCGAGCUGACCUGCUUACUCAAACAGCUGGGUUAUCUUCUACUGAAGUACAAGACAUUGAGACGGUACUGGAUAUGAUGCCUUCCUUGACACUUGAGGUAACUUGCGAGACUGAAGGGGAAGAGGGUAUACAAGAGGGUGAUAUUGUUACUAUCCACGCUUGGAUAAAUAUUAAAAGGGGUAAUGGUUUGAUCGGUGCCCUUCCUCAUGCCCCAUACUACCCAUUUCACAAGGAAGAAAAUUUCUGGUUCUUGCUUGCGGAUUCUGUUUCCAAUAAUGUGUGGUUUUCUCAGAAGGUUAGUUUCAUGGAUGAAGCUGCUGCUGUAACUGCUGCAUCUAAGGCAAUUGAGGAAUCUAUGGAGGGGUCAGGAGCAAAUGUGAAGGAGACCAGUAGGGCAGUUGCAGAAGCAGUGGAGAAGGUGAGGGGGGGCUCUAGAUUGGUAAUGGGCAAGUUCCAGGCCCCAUCAGAGGGCAGCUACAGUUUGACUUGCUAUUGUUUGUGUGACUCUUGGUUGGGCUGUGACAGAAGGACAAACUUAAAGCUCAAAAUUUUAAAACGGACUCGGGCUGGCACCAGGGGUGCUGCUUUAGCUGAUGAAGGACCUGUCAUGGAGGAUGGAGUUGAGGAGGACGAGGACAAUGAGGAUGGAGAGUAUGAUGAUGACUAUGAGAGUGAAUACAGCGAAGAUGAAGAUGAUCAAAACACAAAAAAUAAGCAUCAAGCUGCCAAUGGCACCGUGAAUAAACAUGGUCAAGCUGCAGAAAGUUCAGGCUCUGAUGAAGAAUGAGAAGCCUUUUUCUAACAUGAUAGAUCCAUAAUUUUCAUCUUUUUCCAUCAUGGAUGAUAGAAAAACAAUCAACUGUAGCAGUAGUCUAUAUUGUCCAUUUUGUUUAUCAGUUGGACUACAUUGAUGCUUGAACUUAUGUUCUUAUCCUAGUUCAGCUGAUAUCGUGAUUAAAUUGUCAUAUUAUCUGAUAAAUUUUUUAAGUGCGGAAGAUAAGUUUUAAGGAUUUAAUUUUGGUUUGAUGUCAUUGUACAACUUUUUCAAUGUUUAUUGGAAACUUUUAGUUGUGAAUCUUAGUAUUUGUCGAUUAUUC